CAACUCACUCCUCAAAACCCAACCACCAACAAUCUACAAUGGCAUCCGGCGUUAAGGUCGACCCCGAAGUCGCAACCGUCUUCCAGGACCUCAAGCUCAAGCACACCUACCGUUAUGUCAUUUUCCAGCUCAACUCGGACAACACCAUGAUUGUCAUCACCAAGAAGGCUGACCCCUCUGCUACCUACGACGAGUUCCUCGCCGAGCUCCCCCCGAACGACUGCCGCUACGCCGUGUACGAUCUUGCUUACGACACCCCCGAGUCUGGCAAGCGUGAGAAGCUCGUCUUCUUCGCCUGGGCCCCCAACGAAUCCAAGAUCAAGCAGAAGAUGCUCUACGCCUCCAGCAAGGAUGCCCUCAAGGCUGGCCUUGUCGGUCUCCACGCCGAGAUCCAGGCUACCGACGCCUCCGAGGUCGACUACUCGUACAUCAUCGAGAAGCUCUCCUCCCGCGACCGCUAAAAACCGUCCAUCAGCGCUUUUUUUCUUUUGUUCCCCGGCUGCUCUCGGGCUUGUGAAAUAAAAACAAGAGUGAAAAAGCUGACAUUUGCAGAGGCCGGUCUUUUUGAUGGUGACUUUGUCGAAGCUCAUUGUGUAGCGUUUGUAAUAUUCGCCGGCGGUUCCCCUGUUGUUUGAGUAUAUACGUUUUUUUGCCUGUAAAUUCACCACUUGUCUUUCGAUUUCA